AUCAGCCAACAGUGGUGGGUGCACUGCCAAACACGGGCUUGGUGAACAGCCUCGAUGGCUUGCUCGAAGAGGCAGACGGUACCAGGCCAAGGGCGAGUGGCCGACCGUGUGAUGUCAGCGCGCUGCGGUCAGCAUCGCUGCCAUAUCGAGAUGCCUGGCCGGCCUCACAUGCAUCUGCAUGCCUCUCUCUGCAUGCGAGCUAUCUAGCUAGUCCUUGACCAUGCAGCCAUUCUAACAAGACCAACACGCUGCCGCCUCUCCGUCUGCUCGACGAGGCUCUUGAGUUUGGUGUGCUGUGUCCUGCUAACACGUCCGUUUCUUCCUGUUGUGUCCCCCACUCUCGCUCCCGGCCGUGCUUGCUCGCCGCGCACCACACCAUCUCGUCCUCGUGGAUGCCCCGUCGCUGUCUCGCUUCCUCCCGGCUGUCACCUCCCCGAUACAACUUUGAUCCUCUCUGCGCCCACCCGCAUAUCUUUGUAUAUUGUUUCUCCCGAUCCAGCUCGCUGGCCUCUACUUUUCGAUACAAAGAAGCGUGUCAUCCUAGCAGCAUGGUCGUCCUCGCCAGGCCACUGCUGCUCCUCGCGGCUGCGACAUCAGCCAUAUCCACCGUCUGGGCCCAGACGACAACCUCCUUUUCGACAAGCUCGUUUUCGACAAGCGCAUCGACUACGACCUCGACGAGGACCCCGACAACGACUUCAUCGCGGCCGCCCGCCACCAUCACGGUCAAGGUCGGCCUCCAGCAUGACUUCCAGCCCGAUGUCAUCACCGCCAGGAAGGGCGACGUGAUACACUUCGAUUUCUACCCUCGUAACCAUAGUGUGGUUCGCGCGGCCUUCAAGAACCCUUGUAUCCCAUACAACCUCGUCUAUCCCGGCAGCGACCUUUUCUUCAGUGGACCCAAGGAGUCACAGCCCGGCCAAACGCCUCCCACCUGGGAACUCACCGUCAAUGACACCUCACCGACGUUUUUCUAUUGCUCUGCCCCGGGUUCCUGCAUUGAUUGGGCGAUGAUUGGUGUGAUCAAUCCGGUGAGAUAUGCCUUGUGUCUCCAGAAGCUUCCAUAUUCAAGUUUGAUCUCUGACUUUUACCCAGAAUGGCACGCACAAUCUCGAAAUCCAGAAGCAGUACCAGGAAGCAGCAACCUUUCAGCUGAGUCCCGGAGAGGCCUUUCCAGACGAAGCCUCGCCACCAGUCAAUCCGAAUGACCCAAGCACGACGCCGACAGCGACAGCGACUCCGCCCUCGAACAGCGGCUCGAGCUCAGGCCCGGCCUUAUCAGCUGGCGCCAUCGCGGGCAUUGCUAUCGGAGGUGCUGCUGUUCUCAUCAUCGCUAUCGCCCUCAUCUAUGUAUGUGGUCGAAAGGGAGGUAUCGAGAAGGGCUACAGGCGCAGCACCCUAGCGCCUACGACACCAGCGUCCAUGGGCGUAGCCUUACCCCCCAAGAGUUCUCCUCCGCCGAGUUCUCCGUA